GCGCCGCUCCUCACACCCGGCGCACCAGCGGGACAGUCCGGCUGCUCCACGGACAGCGCGAGCCUUAAAUACAUUUCUACUGGAAAGAUAAUUAAAGGAGAGGGAAGCCGUCUCCUGGACCGUCCUUCCGCAAGCUAUUAAGCCAGGAAUCAAAACCAGUGCAGAAGCUGACCAGGGAGGCAGCAGCCAGGCUUUGCCCAAAAAGAGGCUCCCUACUGGAUGCAACGGUGGGAUGAAGGAUUAAAGGAUAAUCUGGGAUGGUUCCAUGGUGCGACCGCAGAAGCAUUUGCAGCUGGAUUCAGACCUAUUUCUGAGCUGAUGUCGACAAAGCCAAAGGCAAGCAGGGGAAACCAGGCGACCUGACCACACUCCAACCAUCCCAGCUGCUUCCAGGAACACAACUGCACAGUGUUCUCCUCAAUUUAUGUCUGUUUAGUUCAGCCAGCUAUGCAUAACAUCGAGCUACCAAGAGUGGGACAAAGCCUGGCCUGGACAUAAUAAACAGAGAUAAUGAUCCAGUGAAGUAUUUGGCGCUGCAGGCCUGGCGUUCAACUCUUCAGCUUUCGAAAUUACACACUUUCCAGAUCUUGGAAUAAUCUGAAGUUCUUUUUUAUGUCUAUACUUUGGACCGCUAAACUUUCAUUGAUUUUUGCAUAAAAACGAAGAAAAAAGCAGUGGAAUUAAAGGCAAAUCCAGACACUGAGAAACAUUUGAAGAAUUAUUGAGCCAUCCACCCUCUGAGAGCAUGAAUCUACAGGAGAAGCUGUCAGGCCUGAAAGGUCUGGUCACACACUCCCACAGCAAACGUCGCCACAAAGGCGACCUCACAUUGGACAUGAUCAGCCCUCCUCUGGGUGACUUUCGCCACACCAUGCACGUAGGCCGUGGAGGCGAUGUCUUCGGUGACACAUCUUUUCUCAGCAAUCAUGGUGGCACAGGCAAUGGGAACAACGGGGAGACAGAUUCUAUCUCCUCACCCGACAACAAAAUAGGGGCGUUCUUCUCCAGGACGCUCCGUCAAAUCAGGAGGGGCUCUGAGACCCGACCAACAGGGGGGCCAAAGGAAAUGUCACCGCCACCUCCUGCCAUUUCUCCCAUCAUCAAGAACGCCAUUUCCCUCCCUCGGCUGGAUGUGGAUAUGUCUAAUGGAUGCCCAACAACCAAAGUGCUCUUUCCCAGUUCCCAUAGCACGCCAGAGGACAUGAAAAGCACAUAUGGUCUGGACUCUGGUUUCGUCACCCUGCCUCGUCUCUCUCGAUCUGAGCGUCAGCAGCCUUCCAUCUCCCUCCCCAUUUCUUGCUCCUCCAACAUCCACCGCGGCUCUCUGACCGACCCCACAGACGCCAUCUUAUCCACCUGCUCCACCUCCGUUCUGACCUGUGAUACCAAACCACCCACCGCCUUCUCCGAUUCCCUCCCCUCCCUCGCCUCCCUGGACGCCUUCACCUUUGAUCUUGGCCCUUCCCUUAUGAGCGAGGUGUUCAGUCUGAUCGACAGCCACCUGGAGGAUCCCAGUCACACAUGGGAGGGUGAGGAGAUGGGAUCAGCAUGUGGGAUGACCAACGAGGGAUCAGAGAUGGACUCGGCUACCAUCUCGUAUGUGGAUUCCCUCCUGAGAGAGGACUGUGGGGAUAGGAAGAGCCCACAUGAGGCCGAAUGGGAAGAGGAGGAGGAGGAGGAGAGAGUGCUGGAGGUGAGCAGAGGCAGGCUUUCAGUUACAGUCCCUGAUGUGGUGAUGGGGUCUCCUGAACGUGUGAAGGUGGGGAUGGGGAUGGAGCAUGAGCGCUUCCAGAGUGCAACAGAUGUGCUGGCACGCCACUAUGGCAUCAAACCCUUUAAGGGACAGAGUAGGAUCGAAGUUAAAGCUCCUGAGAUGAUCAUCAACCAGCCCAGGAAGAAUAUUUCCUACAAUUACAUGGACGACGAGGAUGAAAUUAAAGUCUGAGGAUGUUUCAACACUAAACUUCACAUAAAUCUUCACUGAUGUAUGAUUUCUCCUGAUUUGAAAAUUAAUGCUCUUGAGUCUUUAUUUGCUCCAAAAGGCUGGCUCUUCAGAUGGGAUGACCAUUUAAACUAUAACCUUUAUAUUGGAUCUUUACCUUCCACGACGUCAUGCUUUAAGGAUUUACAGUUUUGAUGCAAAACGUCUCUGAAUGUAUCUAAAAGAAAUUUUGAAGCUGCACGUUUGACAACGGAAAUGGGAGAAUGCUUCUCUUUUUUUUUUUUUUUUUUUUUUUGCAAAGGCCUUGG